AUGUUCCAGACCCUGUACAAUUACUUCUGGUGGGAACGGCUCUGGCUGCCGGCGAACCUCACCUGGGCCGACCUGGAGGACCGGGAUGGGAGAGUCUAUGCCAAAGCUGCUGACCUCUACAUCACCCUCCCCGUGGCCUUCCUCUUCCUCAUCGUCAGACACCUCUUUGAGACGUACGUGGCCACCCCCCUGGCCGGGCUCCUGAACGUCAAGGAGAAGAUCAGGUUAAAAGCCACCCCCAACCCCGUGCUGGAGAAGUUCUACGCUGCCACCACCAAACACCCCAAGCAGGCUGACGUGGAGAUGCUCUCCAAGAAGAGCGGCGUCACGGUGCGGCAGGUGGAGCGCUGGUUUCGCCGCCGCCGCAACCAGGACCGACCCAGUCUGCUCAAGAAGUUCAGGGAGGCCUGUUGGAGAUUCACCUUUUACCUUAUUGCUUUCAUUGCUGGCAUGGCUGUCAUAGUGGAUAAGCCGUGGUUCUAUGACCUGCGGGAGGUGUGGAAGGGGUACCCCAUCCAGAGCAUGCUGCCCUCCCAGUACUGGUACUACAUGAUCGAGCUCUCCUUCUACUGGUCCCUGCUCUUCAGCAUCGCCUCUGACGUCAAACGCAAGGAUUUCAAGGAGCAAAUCAUCCACCACGUGGCCACCAUCAUCCUCAUCAGCUUCUCCUGGUUUGCCAACUACAUCCGUGCCGGGACGCUCAUCAUGGCCCUGCACGACUCCUCGGAUUAUCUGCUGGAGUCAGCCAAGAUGUUCAACUACGCGGGCUGGAGGAACACCUGCAACAACAUCUUCAUCGUCUUCGCCGCCGUCUUCAUCGUCACCCGCUUGGUCAUCCUGCCCUUCUGGAUCAUGCACUGCACGGUGGUUUACCCCCUGGAUCUCUACCCUCCUUUCUUUGGCUACUACUUCUUCAACUUCAUGAUGGUGGUGCUGCAGUCCCUGCACAUCUUCUGGGCCUACCUCAUCAUCCGCAUGGCCCAGAAGUUCAUAACUGGAAAGGUGGUCGAGGACGAACGGAGCGACCGAGAGGAGACGGACAACUCGGAGGAGGAGGAGGAGAAGGAGAAGAACGGGCCCCUGUCCAACGGCCACCCCGUCCUCAACAACAACCACCGCAAGGCCGACUGAGCACGGCGCUGGCCGUGGGGUGGGGGGGUUGGGGACACCCACACAGCAACCCCUCGGAUGUCAAACCCCAGAGAUGUCACCCCCAGGUGUCCCCUCUGUCCCCUCCAUCCUCUUCAGUCCAGCAGAGCAAAACCAGGGCCCCAGUGAGAGCCCCGGGUCUGGCGCGGGGGCUCCCGCUCCCCCCUCGGUGCCAUUUCUGUCACCUCCUGCCUUAAGCCACCGCCGUGCCCUGGGGACAGGCAGAGCCCUCGGGGGGGUGGCACUUGUCACCGGGUCCCCGGGGCUCCUUGUUCCCAUUUUCCACCCCUCUUUGUGUCCUGCAACACCGGGAAUGAAACCCACCCUUCCCCGACCCCUGCCCGGCUCCACCGCCGGCACCACGCGGUGGGGAAGGUGACACAGCCUUGGGGGGGGGACAGGAGGGGGGGAGGUGACACUUUUGGGGGGUUUUGGUGGCGGAACUUGAUGAUGACACUAUGGAAGAAGCAAGGGGAGGGGGGGAAGCUGUAGGGUUGAGUCACUACUGGGAGUUUAAUCCCCUUGUUCCUCCUCUUGUCAGUGGGUUUGGAGUUCACCCUCUCCAGGGCCUCUCCCGGUCCCUUCCCAGUGGUCACAGGACAAAUUUGCAACUGAUUUUUUUUUUUUUUUCCCUUUUUUUUUUUUGGGGGGGUGGGGAAUUGAGGGGGUUUGUGUGUGGGGGGGUAGUUUGUUUUUUUCCUAUUUAUUUGGAAGAAGGAAGGAGCCGGGCUUGGCUCUGCCUCCCGCAGCCACCCCGGGAUGCGGUGAGACCUCCCCGUGGUUGUGGGGUGGGGGUGGGGGGGGAAAAGGACCAUUAACCAACUCAGACCAAAACGUGUUUUGUUGGUUUUGCUUUUUUUUUUUUUUUUUUUUCCUCUUUUUUU